GCCGGGCUUCGGUUUCCUGUGUUUGCAAGAGCGCGUGGGGUGAGCGCGAGAAAGCGGGUGGCAGCAGCAGCGACGACGACUCUCCCUCUCCUUCCAGCUUUUGUUCCUGUACUUCGUGAAGAAGGAAGAAAGAGCAUGGCUUUGAAGUUAGCAGUACUGCUCAGCUUUGUCCUAGGAAUCAGCACCUUUCCCCUGGAGGACCCCGAGGAUGGAGGCAAGCAUUGGGUUGUCAUUGUCGCUGGUUCCAAUUCCUGGUUUAACUACAGACACCAGGCCGAUGCCUGCCAUGCUUAUCAAAUUGUGCACCGGAAUGGCAUUCCAGAUGAACAAAUCGUUGUGAUGAUGUAUGACGACAUUGCCUUCAAUGAGCAGAAUCCAACCAAAGGCAUCAUCAUCAACAGGCCCAAUGGUACAGAUGUGUACAAAGGAACACCAAAGGACUAUGUAAAAGAGGAUGUUACACCAGCAAACUUCCUUGCUGUGCUCAGAGGUGAUGCUGAAGCAGUGAAGAAUAAAGGAUCAGGAAAAGUACUACGAAGUGGCCCUCGGGAUCACAUAUUUGUAUUUUUCACUGAUCAUGGCGCCCCGGGACUUCUGGCUUUUCCGUCUGAUGAUCUCCAUGUAGAAGAAUUGAACAAGACCAUUUCAUAUAUGUACAAUCACAAAAAAUACCAGAAGAUGGUGUUUUACAUUGAAGCAUGUGAAUCUGGAUCAAUGAUGAAAAAUCUACCUCAUGAUAUCAAUGUUUACGCCACGACUGCUGCUAAUCCUAGCGAAUCGUCUUACGCGUGUUAUUUCGAUGACAAGAGGCAAACCUACCUUGGUGACUGGUACAGUGUCAAUUGGAUGGAAGAUUCCGAUGUGGAGGAUUUGAAGAAAGAAACUCUGCACAAGCAGUUUCUGUUGGUAAAGAAGCAUACAAACACCAGCCAUGUGAUGCAAUAUGGAAACUUGUCCAUCGCUCACAUGAAAGUGGCACAGUUCCAAGGCACAAGAAGUGCCUCCAGCGCCCCCAUUUCGUUGCCCCCCGUGAGUCGCUAUGACCUCACCCCCAGCCCCGACGUCCCCCUUGCCAUCAUGAAGCGCAAACUGAUGGCCACAAAUGACGCAGUUGAGGCCAAGGCGAUUCUAGGAGAGAUGAAGAGACACCUGGAGGCUAAAGAGCAAAUCCAGAAUGCCAUGCGCAAGAUUAUAUCCUUCAUAACGCUGUCCAGUGAGCGCACAGAGCAACUCCUGUCGGAGAGGAUGGACCUCGCAAAUUACGACUGUUACGAGGCCUCAGUGCGUCACUUCAAGAGCCAUUGCUUCAACUGGAGUGCCUCCCCUGUGUAUGAAUAUGCUCUGAGACAACUGUAUGCUUUGGUCAACGUCUGCGAAACAGGAUAUCCCAUUGAGAGAAUACUAUCAGCCAUGGAUCGAGCCUGCAAUGAAUUUUAACCGAAAAGCAAUUCAGUCAAGAAAUUCAGCAACGAGCAGUUAAUAAUGUGGUAGUUGUCAAAACCCAGGAACUAAUGUAAAGCAAAGACAGUUAAGUGCAUCCUCUGUCAAUAAAAAGAAAAAAGCCAUGAAGGGAUAACCACCAAGUUCUGCACUUUAAAGACAGGAUCCCUUCCAAGGGUGUGUCUCACUCCAGAAGCUGCUCCUGAAGUCUUCUGGAACGGACAGCUUCAUCAGCAUCUUCAGAAUUUCAUUAUUGAAUACCACUCUGAGACUGUUUUGGCAAUUACAACAAAGGGAUUGCUUUGAAUUGUACUGGUUUUCUUUUCUUUUUUUUUAAUCAUUCACUCAGCUUUUGGUGGCCUCCUUUUUUGAGAAUUAACUAAGGAAUUCCACACAGAAAAAUGGCCUGUAGUGGAUGUGGCAUUUCUGUUUGUUUUUUAUAAUUGGAAAUUAAUCCUUUAAGGACCCAAAGGAUCCGCUGUUGACUGCAAGCUUCUAUAUUGCACAUCUCAAGAAGAAUAAAAGGCCAGCUGUAAAUUGGGGUUGUGGCGGGGUGUGUGUGAGUUAAUUAAUUGCAUAACGCCGGUGUGACGAGUUAACAAUUUGAUUAAAAGCGCUUGGGUUUUGUUUAAAGAUAAAAACCAUGGUCGCAAAAGCCCCCCACACUGAAGGAGACGGGUGUCUGUUCUGUUUUCUGAUUCUUACGUAAUUGUAUGUUUGCACAACUUGGUGGGAGAUUGUGCAGUGUUGACCUGUGAAGGAUAAUAAAACAUGCUGAGCUGCUUACGUCUCACUCUAAACUCA